AUGGCCCCUAAGCUAGAGCUGGAUGUGGUGGACAUCACCAACCCCGGGGGCCACAACUUCAUCCUGGGACACUCCCACUUCAUCAAGACGGUGGAAGACCUGUCAGAGGUCAUGGCCUCCGCCAGUGGCGGCGCAAAGUGGGGGGUCGCAUUCUGCGAGGCCUCCGGGGACCCCAAGGAUGAGAAGAUGCCCGGCCGCAAGGUGAGGUAUGACGGCAAUGACGAGGCCAUGACUGAUCUGGCCAAGACCAACGCACUGGCCCUGGGGGCGGGGCACACCUUUGUGAUCUUCAUGGAGGGCAUGUUCCCUGUGGCUGUGCUCGACAGCAUCAAGGCGGUGCCUGAGGUGUGCAGGGUGUACUGUGCGACAGCCAACCCUGUGUCCGUGGUCGUGGCCAAGAUGGGGAAUGACAAGAAGGGCAUCAUGGGGGUGAUGGACGGGCUGUGCCCCGUUGAUUUUGAGACCGACAGCGACAAGGAGAAGCGCAAGGCAUUUCUGCGGAUGAUCGGCUACAAGAGGUGA